CAGCCUUUAUAUUUUACCUCAAACUUUCUUUGCAUGCCUCAGUAAAAACGUCACUCUUCUUCUACAAAUGCUUCCAAACACCAUCACUUGUUUCUUCAUCUUUCUCUCAUGGCUCCACCGUGGGUUCAAGAGCUCCAUAUUCCUCACAUGGAUAUCCCUGUAACCAUUAACCGUAUGAUUCCGAUCAUGCCGGCCGGCCCUAUCCCUACUGCAGACAGCGACUCUCUUUACCUCUCUAACCUUGACGAUGUUGUCGGUGCCCGUGUUUUCACUCCCACGGUCUACUUUUACGAGUUGAACAGCAUCAACUCCGGCAAGAAGCCGGUAAUGGAGAUGCUUCGAGAAGCACUUUCUCUUGUUUUAGUUCCUUAUUACCCUUUUUCAGGUAGGCUCAGAGAGACAAGAAACGGGAAGGUGGAAGUGUUUUUCGGAUCAGAACAAGGAGCUUUAAUGGUAGAAGCUCAUUCUGACAUAACAUUGAACAGUUUAGGGAAUAUAACGGUUCCAAACCCAGCAUGGGAGCCAUUGAUCUUCAAGUUCCCUAAUGAAGAGCCAUACAAAGUACUUGAAAUGCCAUUGCUUAUAGCACAAGUUACCCUUUUCAAAUGUGGGGGUUUCAGCUUAGGCUUGAGGCUCUGCCAUUGCAUUUGCGAUGGCCUUGGCGCUAUGCAAUUCCUUAGCGCCUGGGCUGCCACAGCCAAAUCAGGCAAGCUCAUAACAAACCCAGAUCCAUGUUGGGACCGAGAGUUUUUUAAGCCUCGUGAUCCACCAAUUGUGAAAUUCCCCCACGUUGAGUUCAUGAAAAUCGACGAUGGCUCGACCCUGACGAUGACACUCUGGCAAUCAAAACCCGUUCAACGAUGUUACCGAAUCAGCCGCGAGUUCCAACUCUGGCUAAAAUCUAAUGCCCAACCAGACGACAUGUCGGCCUGCUCAACGUUCGAUGCCAUGGCCGCGCAUGUUUGGAGGUCAUGGGUGAAAGCCCUAGAUGUUAAACCAGUGGAUUACACACUCCGGCUUACGUUUUCCGUCAAUGCUCGGCCGAAACUCGAAAACCCCCCAUUAAAAAACGGGUUCUACGGCAACGUACUCUGCCUCCCCUGCGUUACGAGCACCGUAUCGGAGCUGGUUAAUGGCGGUCUUUCGAAGACGACCCGAUUGGUUCGUGAGGCGAAGAAUAAAGUGUCGGAAGAGUAUGUGAAAUCGACGGUGGAUUACAUUGAGAUGGAUAGGCCGAGGAGAUUGGAAUUUGGGGGGAAAUUGACGAUAACGCAGUGGACUAGGUUUUCGAUCUAUGAAGGUGCGGAUUUUGGAUGGGGAAGACCGGUGUAUGCAGGUCCGAUUGAUCUAUCUCCGACGCCGCAGGUUUGCGUAUUCUUGCCGGAAGGGACGAGGGAAUCGAACGGGUCAAUGCUGGUUUGCAUUUGCUUGCCGGAAAAUGCUACGCAGAAAUUCACGGAGUUGUUGUGUACAGCGAGGGUAGAUUGAAAAUGGUUCCUUGAAACGUUUUCGUGGGAAGUCACACGUGAGAAAAGCACGUGUGUUUCUCUUUGUCUUUCUCCUUUUAUACGUCUUCCGUUAAUCUUUUAUGCUAUUCCCGUUAUUACUA